CACUCAUUCAUUCAUUCACUCAUUCAUUCACUCUACUGACUCACUCAUUCACUCACUCUCAAUACAUCUCCAUUUGCUCAAACAAAUUGAAUGGCGCUUCCAAAGCCGUGGGAGCGCAUGAACGGCAGCGACCUGCCCGGCUUCAACCCCAACAGCAGCAACACCAACACCACUGGCAUGACUCGCUCCACAUCCGCAGUCGGUGGUGGCAUGGGCGGCAUGGGCGGCGUCGGAGCGGACUGGCUGGGCGGAGGCGGGCUGCCGUCGGCUGCUUCCUCACUCCGGAUACGACACGACCACCCCUCUGCUGCUGCUGCUGCUGCUGCUGCUGCUGCGACUAGUAAUAGCAGCAAUUCUGGUAAUAGCAAUGGCAGUGCAGUCGCCCCGCCGCUGCCCUCGCAGCCGCCAUUCAGUGGCUCGGCCGCUUCGCUGGCAGCGUCCUCGUCCUCGUCCGCGCUCCAGCCAGCAGCAGGUGCUUACUCGUCGCGACCGUACGCAGCGGCGUCUCCGUACGCCCGUCGCUAUGGCGCAGUGGGAGGACUCGGUGGCAUGGGUGCAUAUGGGAGCAGCAUGUACGGCUCGCAAUACGGGAGCAGCUAUGGCGGAUAUGGAGGCUAUGGCGGCGGAUAUGGCUCGAGCUAUGGCGGUUUUGGCGGCGGAUAUGGCUCGAGCUAUGGUGGCUAUGGCGGAGGCUAUGGCAUGGGUGGCAUGGACGAUGGCAUGCAUCCAAGCUCGCUGACCACUCGCGCCGAAGAGAGCAGUCGGACUGCAUUUCAAGCAAUCGAAAACAUUGUGCAGGCAUUCGGAUCCGUGUCCAUGAUGCUCGAAUCCACAUUCCAUGCGACGUACAGCUCCUUCCGUGCGGUGCUCGGCGUUGCCGACCAUUUUGCCCGACUCCGGCACCAGCUGGCCUCCAUCUUUUCGGCCAUCGCCGUCUUCCGCACAGUGCGGUAUAUUGUGUUGCGGCUGCUGCGGGCCAUGGGCCUACGAUCCCCGCGGAUUGACGCGCAGCUGGCCAACAUUUCAAGCGCCAUGCGGCAGGAGCGGAUGGCACGAGCGCCUUCCGUCGACGCAAACGGAAACCCCACGCCCGCGUCCCCCAAGAGCAAAUCGUGGCCCAUUUUCCUGUUUGUAGCGGUUGUGUUUGCCUUCCCCUGGGCCAUCUGGCGCCUGCUCCGAGAGGAGGUGGCUGCCGCUCAAGGCGAGCAGCCGGCUUUGGGUCCAAAUGAUCCAGCCUCUUCUGCCACAACUGGCACACCGUUGCAGCAACAACAACAGCAGCAACAGCAGCAACCUCAGCAACCGGCGCGUGCUGCUCGCGCUCGGGCCCUGUACGACUUUAUUUCUCGCGAAGAGUACGAAUGCAGCUUUAGCGCUGGCGACGAGCUGACCGUCAUGCUGCCACCAAACGGCAGUGGCUGGCUUCGCGCCCGUGUGGCCGGCCGCGAUGGCUACGUGCCCGAGCAGUAUGUGAAGGUUUCAGAGCCAAAUACGCGACCGCCGCUGCCACCGCCACAGCACGCUGCCGCCUUGCCGCUUCCACUGGCAGCAGGCAUUCCAAGCGGCGAAUCGUCCUCCAAUGCAGCCGGUGAUCUCUCUGCCGCCUCUGCGGCGGCCUUUUGGGGCGACAGUGACGACCAAUCUGGUUCAUUUUAAGAAAUUCCACUUUGUCAAUGUGUUUACGUUUGUGUUUGUACUUGAAGAAAAAAAAAUGACAUCAGGAACCAACAAUUAUGACAGAUACUAUAGGACAUUAAAACCAGAUGGAA